UGUGCCUUAAAAAUUUGCCUAAGGCUGGUAUUACACGUCAUAUGACAAAUUUUUCAAGCCGGCUGAUUGGUUCCAGGGUAGUAAAGUUCUCGAAUAUCUAAAAAUGUUCUAUCCUGCAGCCAACCUUCUUAAAAAAUGUGUCGUACGACAAAUGUAAUACCGGCUUUAUACUUGCCGCGACUGAUCAUUCGGCGAAUUUAUCAACGCGCGCUGUAUCAGCGAAAUUGAAUUCUCGCCCCGCAGAUCUCCAAGCCGCGGGAACAGGAUUUCCUACCGAAUUCCCCUUUGUCGCCUGGCGGUUGAGUCUUUCCGCCGUCAAAAUUGCGGAUCCCCUCGCGGUUUUCCGUCCCGAUAAAAGUUCCGGCCAGCGAUUCCCCGAUGAACGAGUAGAACGUAGGUGCUGUAUAAUUAAAUCGGCAAGAAAUAAUAAAAGUCGCGGUAAGUCGCGCUAGUUGGAUUGAUCGAAUUUCGCCGUAAGCAGGAGCUGUUUAAAGGUCUGUUUAAUCGAUAAUCGACUGCGGUAUCCUGGCAACCGGACACAGACGCGUUUAUCAAUUUCGGCGGCUAUCGGUUGCAUACCGUGCCGCACACACGCUCGAUAUAUGCGAGAGAAAGAGCCCGUCUCCCCAUGCAGGUACUUAAAUGUCGGAAGUGAAGUGUUUGUAAACGAUGGGCAAUACCGAGAGCAACGUUACCAGCGGCGUGAAGAAACAAACGGACACGUCGUCCAUCCUGCUCUAUAAAUUGGUUGACUUGAAGGGCGGCGGAUUGUUAGUGGAUAUGACGAAAAGGGCCUCGCAGACCAAGCAGUACGCGGAGUUGGAUCACGCCCUGAGAACGAAGGUCGAGCCGUUUCUCUACAACAAAGGGAAGGGCAAGUGGAUACCCGUGGAGAAGUUGGUUCUUCUACGAAAUAAAGACCGCCCACGACAUAAAAUGCUGCCACCCUUAAAGGCUAUGGAGAAUCCUGCGGAUUACGAUAUCGACAAGGACAUGGGCGACGAGGAGGUUGACGAGGCUAAGAUAGAUAAAACCAAAUACAGAUUUGUGUGCUGGAAUCUGAGCGACAGAGGUGCCGUCGGCGAGACCAUUUUACAUUUAUGCAUGUUAAACUCGACCGCCAUCCACGCCGACUUGGCGAAACGACUGCUGCGCUUCUAUCCGCAGCUCAUAAACGACGUCUAUCUGAGCGACGAGUAUUACGGGGAGAAUGUCUUGCACAUCGCUAUCGUGAAUGAGGAUCCAUCGAUGGUGAAGUUUCUUCUCGACAGUGGCGCGGACGAUCCGCGCAUCAUCCACGAGAGAUGCUUCGGCAAUUUCAUGUCCCCGGAAGACCAGAAGGCAUCGAGAUUGGACAGUUUGGACCACGAGUGGGUGUGCGUCACGCCGGAGACCAAUUACAACGGCUACGUGUAUUGGGGAGAGUAUCCGUUGAGCUUCGCCGCGUGUCUCGGCCAGGAAGAAUGUUACAGGCUUAUACUGGCAAGAGGCGCGGAUCCUGAUAAGCAGGACACGAAUGGGAACACUGUUAUGCACAUGCUCGUGAUAUACGAGAAAGUGGCCACGUUCGACAUGGCCUACGAAGUAGGGUCUUCUCUCCAUCUAAGAAACGUCCAACACCUGACUCCGCUGACCCUAGCAGCGAAGUUGGCCAGAAUCGAAAUGUUCUUUCACAUAUUGAACAUCGAACGGGAGAUAUACUGGCAAAUCGGUAGCAUAACUUGCGCGGCCUACCCUUUGUCGCAAAUAGACACGAUCGACGUUACUGCGGGGACAAUCAACAACAAUUCUGCCCUGAAUCUCGUUGUCUUCGGCGACAAAGAUGAGCACUUGGAGUUAAUGGAUGGUAUGUUAAUCGAUCUUCUAAACGCCAAGUGGAACACCUUUGUUAAAUUCCGAUUCUACCGUCAAUUCUUCCUCUUCUGCUUCCACUUUGUUCUGUCGCUGAUUAGCUUCACCCUUCGCCCUGGCCCGUCGACCGUGGAAACGGACGAAAGCGCCAACGAUACGUUGACGAGGACGAAUUCCUCCAACAUAACGGAGUCCACGUUUCUGAAAUCUCUCCAAAGCGCGAAUCUAUCGGAAUUAGUUACGAACAGCCUCGUGGCGGCUUUUACCUCGACUCUCAAGUCGUCCUUAAACGUGACGCAGGAAUCGCUGGAGAAGAUCCAGCUGCAAGUUACGUCGAACAUCACGUUGGCCCUGAAGAGCAUGUUGCUCUCGACGCUGAGCGAAAACGAGGGCAUUCCGAGUCCUCCUGACGAGGCCGCCAUUCAUACGCUGUGGUAUACCGAUAGCCCUCCAAAUGCGUCGGACUAUUUCACGGAAGCAUACAACAAAACCGCGGCCGAUAUAAAUUCGACUGCCAGGACGAUCGUCGACGACAUCGGGUUAUCAAAAUUUAACCCCGACUACUGGUGGGACGACCUCACGGAGGAGUGCAGGCUGAUGCAGCUAACAGAAACGAGCGCGAAGAUUCGUUUAACUGCGGAAAUUUUUAUAUACCUCUCAGCGGUGCUCUACAUCCUGGCCGCGUUGCGGGAGGCGAGAUUCUUGGGUCUUAAGAUGUUUAUCGAAAAUCUCAUGACGGUGCCGUCGCGCGUCAUGUUCCUGUUCUCGUGCUGCAUCCUGCUGUUGUUCCCGUUUCUGCGAUUUGCCUGCGCGGACGAGGUCGAAGACAUGCUGGCGGUCGUGGCGAUGCUGACGACGGCACCGUACUUUCUGUUCUUCUGCCGGGGCUUCAAGACGGUCGGGCCGUUCGUCGUGAUGAUUUACAGAAUGAUCAUGGGCGACCUCCUCAGAUUCGUCUGCAUCUACCUCGUCUUCGUCAUGGGAUUCUCCCAAGCGUAUUAUAUCAUAUUCCUGUCGUUCGACAACCCGAACACUCCGGAGGGCAUCGACGACUCGAUGACGAAUCCGAUGCCUUCGCCGAUGGAGAGCGUCAUGGCGAUGUUCCUGAUGAGCAUGACGAAUUUCGGCGAUUACUUCGGCGCGUUCGAGAGAACCGAGCACGAAUUCGAGGCCAAGCUGCUGUUUGUGCUGUACAUGGCGAUCGUGGCGAUCCUGCUCGUGAACAUGCUGAUCGCUAUGAUGGGCAACACCUACCAGAAGAUCGCCGAAACCAGGAACGAAUGGCAACGGCAAUGGGCGCGCAUAGUUUUGGUCGUAGAGAGAGGCGUGAGUCCCGCUGAAAGGCUAAAAAAGUUGACGGACUAUUCUCAACCCAUGUCCGACGGCCGUCGGGCGUUGGUUCUUCGAUUAAACCAAACUGAGGAGGACAAGGAGGAGAUGAAGGAGAUACUCGAGAUGAAGAGAAUCCACGAUAGAUUGCUGAAGAAGAGGCAGGACAGAAUAGCAAAGGAGAAGAUUAUAUCUGAGGCGGAAGCCAUUAUUAUCGAGCUGAUGUUGGAGUUUCCAUGACAACAGGCCAUCAUGUCGGACUGUCGUAAGACUCGAGCGGGGA